CUUGUUCCUUGUGGUAUCCAGGUGGGUUGGAGUGAACGUCAGCGAACAAACAGUUGAGCUCCACAACAACUGCACAGGACUUACUGAAGGACUGGGAUUUCAAUGAGGACCAUCACUUGAGUUGCUAUACGGAAUAGGAGGGUUGUAUUAUGGUGAUGUUGAGAAAGGGUGAGUGGGUGUGGGUGGACCCUGGUAUCGGGGUGCCCAUCGGAGCCCGGGUCAAAUUGACCGAAACUGGACACCAGCUACUGGUGGAUGAUGAAGGAAAGGAACACAAGCUCUCCCAGAAGGAGGAGGGCUCCAUCAGGGUGAUGCACCCCACCUCAGUGGAGGGGGUGGACGACAUGAUCCGCCUGGGGGACCUCAACGAGGCCGGGCUCCUCAGGAACCUGCUGGUCCGACACAGGCAGGGCAUCAUCUAUACCUACACAGGCUCUGUGYUGGUGGCAGUCAACCCCUACCAAGAGCUUCCUCUCUAUACAGCCGACCAAGUGAGGCUGUACCACGGGCGUAGGCUGGGUGAGCUGCCCCCGCACGUCUUUGCCAUCGCAGAUACCUGCUACUUCAACAUGCGCCGCCACAACCGAGACCAGUGCUGCAUCAUUAGUGGGGAGUCAGGUGCAGGGAAGACAGAGAGCACCAAGCUGGUUCUUCAGUUCCUUGCUGCAGUAAGUGGACAGCACUCCUGGAUAGAGCAGCAGAUACUGGAGGCUAACCCUAUACUGGAAGCAUUUGGGAAUGCCAAAACAAUUCGCAACGAUAACUCCAGCCGCUUUGGGAAAUACGUGGAAAUCUUCUUCAACAAAGAUGGCGCCAUCGAAGGGGCUCGCAUGGAACAGUACUUACUGGAGAAGUCUCGUGUCUGCCAUCAGGCCAUGGAGGAGCGGAACUACCACAUAUUCUACUGCAUGUUAGCGGGGAUGACGGCAGAACAGAAGAAAACACUGUGUUUGGGAAAUGCCGCUGAAUUCAGCUACCUCAAGAGGGGUGACUGUAUUGUCUGCGAUGGACGUGACGAUGCUAAGGACUAUAUCCGUAUCCGCAUGGCCCUGAAGAUCCUCACUUUCACYGAGACCCACUGCUGGGAGAUCCUCAAGCUGCUUGCUGCACUCCUCCACCUGGGCAAUGUCAGCUUCGAAGCCGCCAUCUUGAAUAACAUGGAGAGCUCUGAUGUCAGUUUGUCGGAUCACUUUACCCUUGCUGCCAAAUUGCUGGAGGUGCAGCCUGCGGCUCUGGCUGUGAGCCUGACCUACCGCUCCUUCAUGACCAACAAAGAGCGAGUGUCCAAACCCCUCAACUCUGAACAGGCAGCCGACUCCAGGGACGCCUUCGUCAAGGCGAUAUAUGGCAAACUCUUCAUCUGGAUCGUUGGGAGAAUCAACAGUGCCAUCCAUAAGACUCCCACCAACGGUCCCAAAAACGUCCGUAACUCCCGUAACUCCAUCGGAUUGCUGGACAUCUUUGGUUUUGAGAACUUCGACUCAAACAGCUUUGAACAGCUAUGCAUCAACUUUGCCAAUGAGCAGCUGCAGCAGUUUUUUGUGCGUCAUGUGUUCAAGCUGGAGCAGGAGGAGUACACCAAGGAGGACAUUGUUUGGAAGAACAUCACCUUUAGCGACAACACGGACACCCUUGAUCUCCUCGCUGUGAAGCCCCUCAACGUGUUGGCCCUGAUCGAUGAGGAGAGCCACUUUCCCAAGGGCACAGAUGUCACCAUGCUGAACAAGAUGAACCGGACUCAUGCGAAGUGCAACCGGUAUAUUCCAUCCAAGAACACCCACGACAUGGAGUUUGGGAUCCGCCAUUUUGCUGGGGUUGUUCACUACGACUCAAAAGGAUUCCUGGAGAAGAACAGAGAUGCUCUUAACUCAGACAUCCUCAAGUUGAUUGACGCAUCCACCAACAAGCUGCUGCAACAGSUCUUUGAGAAGGAGCUCUCUGCAAAUGUGGUGAAGAACCUUGCAAGCAACAACAGGAUCGUUAUGACACCCAAGAGUUCUAUACGGGUGGCCCAGACGGACGGCAGGAGGCAGGUGUCCACGCUGAGCGGUCAGUUCCGUCAGUCCCUGGACUCCCUCAUGAAUGCCCUGUCCAAAUGCCAGCCCCAUUUCAUCCGCUGCUUCAAACCCAACGACGAUAAGAAGUCCAUGGUUUUUGACAGAAACCUGUGCAUACGUCAGCUGCGGUAUUCUGGAAUGAUUGAUACCAUCAAAAUCCGGAAACUGGGAUUUCCAAUCCGUCACACGUUCAAACAGUUUCUGCAGCGGUACAGAGUGCUUCUGAAUACAACCGUCUGUGACCCCAAAACUGAGUCAGGAGCAGCCUGCUGCAAUGCCAUCUGCAAGGCCGUGAUCACAGGACAGGAUGGCUGGAAGAUCGGCACGACUAAGAUUUUUCUAAAGGAUGCCCAUGACUCCCUACUAGAGCGGGAGAGAGAGCGAGAGCUCAAUAGGAAAGCCCUCAUCAUCCAGAGGGUCAUGCUUGGCCAAAGAGACAGGAAGAGCUUUGUGAAGAAAAGGAGAGCUGCCGUGGUUAUACAGAAGCGAUGGAGAGGUUAUAGAGAGAAAAAAGAAUACAGAAAACUCCAGCUUGGCUUCGAGCGUCUGCAGUCUAAGAUCCGUGGCCGUCUGGCCCGAGAGCUUUACCUGAAGGAGCUGGCAGCGGCCGUCACAAUGCAGUCCCAGGUGCGCGGGUACCUGGCCAGGAAGAGUUAUAAGAGCAAGAGAGAAGCUGUGACAGUCCUCCAGGCCCACACCAGAGGCAUGCUGGCUAGGAAGACCACCAACAAGAUGAAGACCGAUUUCUUCCUAUCUGCCCAGGAGCGGGAGGCGAGGGAGCGGUCAGCCGCGGAGCUCCAGCAGAGGCUAGAGGACGUCCUCAGCCAAUCACAAGAGGCUGCUGCCAAGCCGGAGCCAGUCAGUGAGCAGGAAAUGGUGGAAACCAUGUUUGGCUUCCUGCCCAACAAAGUGGCAGUAGGAGGACGGGAGGGACCAGCUCCCGAGGGCUUUGAGGACUUGGAGAGAACGCGGACCGUCCCAGAGGUGAUUGAGGAGAGCCGAGAGGAGAGUCCAGUAGAAAGCCCAGCUCCGGUAGUAAAACAAGUACCAGUACCAGCAUUAGCUCGGACUGUACCAGCUCCAGAACCAGUACCAAUCGCAGUACCAGAGGAGCAACCAGUGGUGAACUACGAUGAUGAGAAUGAGGAGUUCUCCUUCACCAAGUUCAGUGCUCUGCACUUCCAGGGCUCUGCUACCCACAGUCACAUCACCCAGAGGCUGCGGCAGCCCUUGCUCUACCACGAAGACGAGGGAGACGCACUGGCCUGUCUGACAGUGUGGUGGAUCAUACUGAGGUUCAUGGGGGACAUAGCUGAGCCAAAACUGAUCAACCAGGAGCCCUCCGCCCCCACUCCCAUCCAGAAUAACCUGGGCCAGAGGCAGAACAGGAGGCUCAGCAACCUGGUGGGCCUGGAUCAGAAAAUACUAAGGAAAAAUAGAAAGAAACAAGGAACGGGGAAUAGAAAAGCUUCGACCAUUAUAGAGGAGUCAGAGACUAUGACAGAGGAGAAAGACAUUCUGAUUGGAGAGGGGCGCACUUUGGAUCGGCCAAUAUCCGACCUUGAAAAACUGCAUAUUAUUGUUGGAUACGCCCUAUCCAGACGAGAUAUAAGGGAUGAGAUCUAUUGUCAGAUCAUUAAACAGCUGGUGAACAAUAAGAACCAGAAGAGUUCUCUCAGAGGCUGGGUCCUCCUCUCUAUCUGUUUGGGCAUCUUCCCCCCAACAGAACUCCUUAUGCAGUACCUGGAGAGCUUCCUGGGCAGAGGACCAAGUAGCUACGGUCCGUACUGUGCCGAGCGUCUGCGUCGCAUCGUUGCCAAUGGGGAGCGAGGUGAACCACCCUGUUGGAUAGAGCUCCAGGCCGUCAAGACCAAGAAGACCACGCAAGUGUCUGUGGCCUUGAUGGACAGCCUUAGCGUCAGCCUGCCUGUAGACUCAGCCUGUACCUCGGCCGAGGUGUGCCAGGCUCUGGCCAAGAAAGUCAACAUCAAGGACAUCUACGGAUUCUCUCUCUACAUCGGCUUCUGUGAGAAGGUGUGGUCCCUGGGCAGUGGCGGGAGGCACGUGAUGGACGCCAUCUCGCAGUGCGAGCAGGAAGUGAGACGGAAGGGCGAGGAGGAGCAGCACGCCCCCUGGAGACUCUACUUCCGCAAGGAGCUGUUCACACCCUGGCAUGAUUCCUCGAUAGAUGCAGUCAGCACGGAUCUCAUCUACAGACAGGUCAUCAGAGGCCUCAAGUCUGGGGAGUACCAUUCUGAGAAGGAGGAUGACUUUGUGCAGCUCGCAGCAAUGUACUACUAUGUGACGUUUGGGUCUGCCAUCAGUGGAGAGAAUGCCAAGAAGGUGGUGGAGGAAUGCAUCACUACUGAACUUAUUGAGACCAAGUCACAAGGGAAAUUGAUUCAGCUGGUCAACGCAGCACACACACAGGGUCCUUACAUAAACAGCAGAAGGAGCACAGACAGCGUGAAGGGGGACGUGGUUGACUAUGCUCGUCAGAAAUGGCCCAUUUACUUCUCGAAGUUCCACGAGGUUACGCAAAUGUCCGGGCCUCCUCUACCCAAAAGCAAUUUUAUUGUGGCCAUCAACUGGAAUGGGAUCUCCUUCCAGGAUGAGAAAGAGAAGAAGCUCCUUGAGCUGUCCUACCCAGAGGUGACUGGGGUGAACAAGUCCAGUGAUGACGGCAGGAUCGACAGCGGUCAGUCUGUGAGCCUGGCCACACUGAGAGGGCAGUUCCUACUGCAGUCUGUGGAUGCAGGAGAGAUGGCUGACCUGAUCCAGUGGUACCUGGAGGGCCUGAGGGAGCGCUCUGUCUACGCAGUGGCCCUGCAGGACGUCAACAAACAGGACGACCCCACGUUGCUGAGCUACAAGAGAGGGGACGUGCUGGUCAUCGUGAAGGACGGAGAGUACUCCCCCGACCGGGGAUGGAUCAAAGGCACUAACGAGCGCACUGGGAACACCGGCGCUAUCUCCAUGGACACGGUCCUGGUUCUGCCAACCCUUGAAAAGCCCAGCGAUACCACACUGAGUCUGCUGAAUCUGAGCCCAGACCAGAAGAAGACAGUGGCUCAGAACGCCCACGAAAGGGAAGAGGCAAUCUCCCCCGUCUCACUGAAAGAGUUUGCCAUUGAGUACUUUAGGAAGCCUGGUAAAGAGGGCGGCCGUGGGGUGCAGGCCAGAGGGGCAGGCAGGGAGAAACUGUGGGCUGCCUCCAAAGAACCCAUCAAACAGCCCCUACUGAAGAGUCUGGUGGGCAACACCGACUUUAGCCAUCUGGCCUGCAUCUCCUUCACUGCUAUCCUAAAGUACAUGGGAGAUUACCCUAUCAAACAGGUGCGCCAGCCCAUAGAGCUGACUGACCAGAUCUUUGGUCCGGCCACUCAGCAUGUACCUUUACAGGACGAGGUCUACUGCCAGAUCAUGAGGCAGAUGACCAGUAACAACAGCAGGAUGAGUGUAGACUAUGGUUGGCAGCUCCUUUGGCUGUGUACCGGCCUCUUCCCCCCCAGUCAGAUCCUGCUGAAGUACACCCAGCGUUUCCUAGAGUCACGGCCCAGAGAGCCCCUGGCUGCAGACUGCCUGCAACGGCUACAAAUGCUAGUCAGUAUGGAGCCCAGGAAGCUGCCUCCCCAUCAGGUGGAGGUGGACGCCAUUCAACAGGACAGCAACCAGAUCUUCCAUAAAGUCCACUUCCCUAACGACAGAGCUGAGCUCUUCGAGGUGACAUCAACGUCUAGGAUUCGUGACCUUGUUCGUAACAUUGCCUACAAGCUCAUUCUGGCCUCAGCUGACGGUUACAGUCUCUUCAUGAAAACGCCAAACAAGGUGGUGAGCUUACACGACCAAAACUACUUCUUUGACAGUUUGAGGCAGAGCACAGACCAACCUAAGAAAAUAAAGAAAGUCAGAGAGGCAAGAAAAGGUGGUAAAACGGAGGGAGCUCCGGCCACCAUGCCCUACCUGGUCAUCUUCAUGAGGAAGCUGUGGUUCAACGUGACCCCUGGAAGAGACCUGACCUCUGACCUUACUUUCCACUUCCCACAGGAGUUGCCAAAGUACCUGCGUGGCUACCACAAGUGUACCAAGGAGGAGAUGAUCAGCCUGGCUGGCCUGCUGUUCAGGGUCAAAGUGGACACGGACAGAUCCCAGUUUGUCAUGAUUCCCAGGAUGCUGAAGGAGCUGGUGCCGGCUGAUGAGAUGAAAGCCAUGUCCCCAGAGGACUGGAAGAAGCACAUCAUCUCCUCCUACAACAAGCAAGCCGGGAUCACCUUGGACGAGGCUAAAGUGGCCUUCCUAAAAGGCAUCUGCCACUGGCCGACGUUCGGCUGUGCUUUCUUUGAAGUAAAGCAAACCUCUGAACCGAGUUACCCGAGUAUUGUCCAGAUUGCAAUCAGCAAGCAAGGAGUCAGCUUUAUCGACCCCAAAACAAAGGAGUUGCUGGUCAUGCACCCGUUCAACCGCAUCACCAAUUGGUCCAGCGGGAGCACCUACUUCCACAUGACCAUUGGCAACCUGGUCAAAGGGAACACAUUCCUUUGUGAGACCUCAUUGGGUUACAAAAUGGAUGACCUCCUAUCAUCUUAUGUGAACAUGUACGAGAUGCAGAGGCAGGCUGUGCGACCCAGAAAUAACUCCAUGUUCCCUACCUAAUGCCUGCUGGGAAAUAGGGAGGACAAGGCAGAUUAAUUUAUAAAACAGUAAACCAAGCAUGAAGGGAAACCCAAUGGAUACAACUUGUAAUUUGACGGAGAGAUUACUUUUCAUUUGGUCUAAACCCCUUUGCAUAGCUUUGUAAUGGUUGCCAUAUUGAAUUGGCACUGUGCCUUGUCUUGUGUGUGAAAGGCUUCUCAUAACAAUUUUGAAUACCAGUAUCCACAGUGUGGAACUAGAAAAAAUGACAAAUCAUGUGUAUAUACAAAUAAGGCUUGCCUCACUGAACAAAAUUAAUAAAGCAUUUUUGAAUUAUGAGAUGGCA